AUGGGGCCUCAUUUGACUCCCGGCGUGGACCGUCAGGUUCUUCAAGCGCAAUCACUGCCUCUACAACUUCCAGAGGUUCAGUCUUGGAUCGCUUUGGAGGCAGAGGUAACAAUCUGUUUGAAAAGCCACCCGCCUAUGGAUCGAGUCCGGCUAGCUCCACGAGCCUUGGGUCAAGAUAUCGAUCGUCAACCCUCGAAAGACCCACGGAUGCCUACGGUUCUAGUCGAUUGUCAAGUGGGACCUCGUCCACAAGUCUCACUGUACCUUUCGGUUCCAAUUCCAAUGGAUCAACCAUUAGAUGAUGGAGACCCUGGAUUGAACGGAUCUUUAUCAACCUCAUCAAACAACCUAAAUGGCAUUGGCGUGGAUCGAUUGUACAAACCGGCAUCGAGGAGCAAUUCCCGCAAUCUUUUUGACAGCCUACGAAGUACCGAUUCAGGAUAUUCGACCACAGUCGCGAGUCCCUAUUCCACUGUUCAAAGGGACCAAAGUGAGAGCAACCAAGAUCGGCUAAGUGCGUACUCCAAACGCGUGUCCGAAACUCUUGCUCGACACGGAGCAUUGGAACCGGAAUCGGCCAAACGGAACAGUAUUGUCGAGCCCGAGGAGUCCCAAUCCAAUUCACAAUGGAGGAAACGACUUGAGCAGGAGAAAGAGGAAGAAGCCCAAAGGAAUCUCACCUAUGUGAUAUCGAGGUCAACAUCGCCGUCGCCUUACUCGGAUAGGGCUCGACGAACUCGGAUUACUCGGUCCACAGAACCAGUGGAAACGUAUCAAAGGAGGUCACGAAGACCUCGCACUCUCGAGGCCAGUGUUCAAACCCUCUCCACUUUGGAAUACGGAAAUCUAGCUUCUGUGUUGAACCCCAAGUCUUCCAAUGAGUUCGAUUACUAUGCAAUGGUUAAAAAAUCCUUGGCCGAGGAAGCCCAAGACAAGUUUUUAGUGAAGCACAAAAGACCCGAACCAAUAAGUAACGGAAGUGCGUUUGAGAACGAUACUGCUUAUGAAGUGAAAAAGGCACCAAUGAUGCAGUUACUUCCAGGCACGAGACCAACUGUUUUGCCAACCAAAAUUGCUCAAAGGGACUCUAGUUCAUCCUUUCCUCCUCAACGAACGCCUCCUCCCAUUCCACUUCACGAGAACAAAGAAGAGGAACAAGAAACCUCUUAUGAAUAUGAAACGGAAGAGGAGGAAGAGGAAGAAGAGGAGGAGGAACUAGACGAAGAGGAAGAUGACCAAGGUAUUGGGAGAGAUGAGAAUGGAGAAACCUACGAAAGUAAGGCAGAGCAUGUCUUAGAAAAUGAAGAGAACUCAGAUCUUGAUUACAUUGACGAAGAGGAUGAUGAACUGGCGUUGGUGCGUUCACCAACCCAACGACGGAAAAAGAAGACCUUUAUCAGUGGAACAAUUGACAUUGAUAUCCUUCUGGGCAAAGAACCAAGCCCAAGUGCUAAUGGAACCGAAUCGAGCAAUGGUUUGUACUCUACCACCUUGAAAAAUUCCGUCGACAUGACCAAUACUAAGAGUGCCAAAGAGGCCCUGAGUGAUGAAGCUCCUUGGUGGCUGAAGAAUGGCAACGCCCUUCAAGUUUCCCCCAGUAAAAAGUCCCUGAACCAAAUUGAAAAGCUCAUGCAAGAAUACGAAACAGAUCCAGAGCCGGAGGAGCUCACUGAAGAUCCCACCGGCGAAGUGAGUGAGCUUUCUCAAGACCUAACCACAACUGGUGCUGAGGAAACGAUCGCCGAGGAGGAAAAUUGGGACGAAUAUGAAUACGAAGAAUAUGAAGGCGAGGAAGAGGGAGAAUGGGAAUAUUACGACGAGGAGGAGGGGGAAGAGGAGGAGGCUGUGGCCGAGGAUGGGUCGGAAUCCAAUGCUUCCAAAGCCUCCACGGCGCAGUCUAUCCCAGAUGUGAGAGAACCUUGGAUUCUUAGCGGUCUAUCAAACUUUAUCGCUCCACCACCACCAAAGCCCUUGCCAAUGGACGAUGAUGAACAUGCAGAGGAGGACGACGAGGCUGAACUCGAAGACAACACCAAUCACAAUGGCACCGACAAAGAAAAGGAACAAGGAUACAAUCAAUGGCUAGAAGAGACUGCAUUUUUACAAGCCACAACCAGCAAAAUCCUAGAGGAAGUCGUGGCCAUUGGAAAAGCUAAGGAAACCAAUGAGGAAGCCGAAGAAGAAACCCCGUCGGCCGCGAAGGCCAAGCUAUUGGUCAAAAAGAUCAAAACAUCAUCCGGGACCGAUUUGAAGCGUAUUCUAUUUUCCUUGAAAGACUUCUUUCAAAAUGACAAGGCAUUGGUUUAUGACUUUGUGCAAGCCGAAGGCCUGAGGCUUUUAGUGGAGUUGGGAGAAGAUGAAGAAGCUCACCUGCAGAAUCUGAUUCUUCGAGCAAUCGGCCAGAUUAUGCUGUACGUCGACGGGAUGCAUGGCGUGAUGACCAAUUUGAAGGCUAUCGAGUUUUUGUACAAACUCAUUGCCUCAAAUAACCCUUUGGUGUGUAAAACGGCCAUCAAAUUACUCUUGGUAUUUGUGGAAUAUACCGAGAAGAAUUCCAUUCUGUUGGUUCAGGCCAUUUGCGACACUGACAAGGGUCUGGGUGUGAUUCCCUGGACGAAUUUGAUUCAAGUGCUCCAAAGGGAAGAUGCAGAGCAGGAAGUGUGUGUAUUUGCAUUGACCUUGAUCAACAAAUGUCUGUAUGGAAUACCCGAUCAAGACACGUUCUAUCACCAAACCGAUUACAUGGAAGAACUAGGCAUCGAAACCAUCAGUGAGAACUUGUCCCAAUGGGACGAAACCUCAGAUUCGUUGAUGCAGCAAAUUCAGUUGUAUGCAGUCGCCCUCAAACAAGAGGACGGUGAACCCGUCACCGAAGACGAGAUUAGCUACCUAGAUGAGGAUACCUCUGAAUCUUGUCUGAGAACUUCACUGAGGACAAAGUCCGAGGUAGUGACCAGUAACUUCCAUGAACGCAAAUCCUUGUGAUAUAAAACCAAGAAGAUCGCCAACGCUGACGUCGAUAGCACCGGGGAUAUCGCGGGGGUCAGCGUUAAAGAUCUGGAGAGAAUUCUCAAGAAGCACGGGCUCCCAAUGAGUCCAUCCGGUGAGCGGUUGAAUUCCAUGGAAUUGAGUGGCUUUCUAGAGAAGGCCCGAUCCGUGUUUGUGACGAAGGUGGCCAAAGGGGAGGAAGAGGAACAAGCCAAGAUUGAGAAAGAGAAGGAAGAAGAACAGGCUGCUAUCCAAAGGGAGGGCCUACUGCGGUGGGAGGAGAUCUUAGCCAAUUUUGACAGGGCUUUGAUCAUUCGUGACCUGGAUUUCACCGAUCUGAACGAAGACGAAGAUGAGCACGUGAAUUUGGUGACAACAGACGGAGGCGGCAUUCCAGCGCCGCCACCUAUUCCACCACCCUUUGGAAAUAUGAUCCCACCUCCUCCCCCGCCAGGGCCUCCUCCUCCUCCAGGACCUCCUCCUCCUGGGGCUUUUCCUCCGCCUAUUCCUGCUCCUCCUCCUCUUGGUGAGGACGGGAAGCCCAAACUUGUGCCGAAGAAGCAUAAGAAAACUGUCAAAUUGUUUUGGAAAGAUAUCCGACAAGUACCCAUGUCCUCCCUCCUCAACGGCAACAAAACGGUUUGGGAUGAAAUUGAACAAGCCGAAAUUGACAAUGCCAUGAUCGAAUACCUAUUUGAGAACCGGGGAAGAGAUGUGAUCGUGAAGGAAAGCAAACAACUAGUGAAUGUCACCCGUGAGAUUGUGGUCCUGGAUACAAAGCGUUCCAAUGCUAUCAACAUUGGCAUGACCAAAUUACCUCCACUCCGGAUUAUAAAAUCCGCAGUCAUGAAAAUGGACUCAACCAUCAUCAAUCGUGAAGGCGUGGAGAAACUUCUAACCAUGUUACCAUCUGAGGAAGAGAUCUCACGGAUUCAAGAGGCCACUGAAGCGCAACCAGAUAUUCCAUUGGGAACAGCAGAGCAAUUCCUGCUGACAUUGGCUUCCAUUUCAGGUCUGGAGGCACGACUUCGACUUUGGGCAUUUAAAAUGGAGUUUGAGAGCACAGAAAAGGAAGUGUGUGAGCCAAUUAUGGACCUCAAAAUGGGCUUGGAAAACAUUCAAGUCAACACAACGUUCAAAACCAUACUGUCGGUGCUCUUGACCAUUGGUAACUUCUUAAACAGCUCACAAAGCAAGGGCUUCCAAUUGGAAUACUUGUCGAAAGUACCUGAGGUCAAAGACACCAUCCACAAGCAUUCCCUUCUCUACCAUAUGACUUAUUGGGUGUUGGAAAACUAUCCCAAUAGCUCAGAUAUGUACUCUGAGAUUGGUCCUCUGACACGAGCUUCGCGAACAGACUUUGAAGAUCUGGAACGAACUCUGGGCAGACUGGAAUCAGAGUGCAAAUUGGCAUGGGACUAUUUGAAAGUGGUGUCCAAGCAAGAUUGCUCAAGCGAAUUGGAACAAAAUACCAAAGCCAAAAUGUCCGACUUCUUGAACGACGCCGCCGAACGAAUCAUUGUCAUGAAUACCGUGUAUAGAAAAGUCAUGAAACGGUUCGGUCAGUUCCUUCAGUGGAUGGGAAUUCCUCCCUACCUCCAUUCGGACUACAAGGCUCAUCAAACAUGCAAAAUAUUGUCAGAAUUCUCUCUGGAGUAUCGCACCACGAGGGAAAGAGUGGUCCAAACGAUCCAGAAGAAGAAAAUGAUGCGUGAGAAGAAACGUCAAGCCGCCCGAGCUGCCGUCGUGGCCGAAACUGACGUCAUUGCAACGGCCAUGGCAGCUUUGGGUCAACCCGAAACCCACGCGAAAAGGUCAUCUCAACACAAAAGACGCUCGAGAGAUGAGACCCAAGACUCUGAGCUCCGAAGAUUACUUGGCAACGACAUUGACAUCACCGAAAAUGGAACACUCAGGCGGAAGAAGCGCAGUCAUCAUCAUCGCAGCAAGCGAGAGCCCACCGUGGAUCCAGCCGAAGAUGCGGGUGAAACCCGGACCGAGUACGACCUUCAAAUGGCCGAGAGACGUGAUCGUAAAGAGAAGAAGACGAGUAGACAUCGAUCCUCUUUAAUGGAGGGAACUCUUCCAAUGACAGAUGAGAGCCUCAAGAGCUUCACAGGGACCGAAAUGGAACGUGGCCUCCUGGAAACCCUCAUGGGCCCUUCCGAUGAGGGCACCUUGAAGCGAAACAAAGAAAGACGUCGGUCAAUUAAGGAGAAACGACGCAGUCACAGCGAACUGAAGAGAUCGCGCACCCGAGAAAAUAAUGUCUAUGACUUGGUCGUGGAAGAAGAGCAUAUACAAGUGUGAUACUACAAAGAAAAAAGCUGCUAUCCAGAGAACAAUAUGUACCAAAUAAAAAAAAACGAAUGGACACUCACACUUCCACAAUCCAUAA